CGGCAGCAUCACCCUGGAGACCUGUGACUUGUGUUUAAGGCUCAUAGUAUAGCGGGAAGCAGAAGGUGUAACUGUGCAGUCUCGCUCCCUGCUGCCUCUGGGAAGGACCGCUUGCCAUGGCAGGGUCCAGCCCCGUCCGGCUUGGUCCGCACGGAGCGGUCCUUCGCGAUGGACGCGGUGUCAGCCACUAGGCUCGCGGUCACUGUGUCCCCGGGCAUCCCCAAGCUGCUUCAGCCCCUGCGGAUUCUGUAUGCGGCCCUCGUAGCCUGGCUGCUGCAGGUGGUUGCUACCUUACCUGAGCAUGUUCAGCGGCCUGACUUUUAUGGGCUCCCCUGGAAGCCUGUGUUGUUCACUGCCUGUUUGGGAAUCCUUUUGUUUUUCAUUUUCUUCUGGAGGACGGUCCUUGCUGUGAUAACUGAACAGCAGAUUGCUGAGAAGCUGAAGAAUACCACAAAAGACAAUGCAGAACUUGUCCGAAAAGUGUCAAGUUAUAAACAGAAGCUUGAAAGCAAGAUGCUUGAAGAAAGCAAUAAAUUUUUGAAUGAUAUUGCCAAAACUCUUGGUGUUAUAUUCAAAUCUCAGAGGAAACAAAACGUGAAAAAUCAGGAUUUGGUCGAUGUAGGUUCCCCGCCAACUCAGUUCUCCGUUCAGCUUGUUUACCCUCCAAGUCAAUAUAACCGUGUCUCCAGUGAGUCAAAGCAGCAGGACCUCCAACGGUUUGGGACCCUUGCAUCUGACUUUCAGCUAGAGCAGGAAGCUGAAGACCAGGAGAAGUUACAUGCUGAACUCAGCGAGGAAAUCAGGUCCUUAGAGAAGUCUCAGAGGCAUCUGGAAGCUGCUCUCGCUCAUAAGGAUGAUAGAAUCCGUGCUCUGACCAACUGUAUCAUACAGCUGAAUCAGUCUGAGAGUGGAUCUGAAUCUGAGGGUCCAGGUCCAGGCAGAUGUGAGCCAGGUGAAUUAGCCAAUGGAGAAGUGGGAGAUGCUGCUUUUCAGCUGACUUUCUUCUUGCCCAGACCCAUGCAGCUCUUUAGGUUCUCAGUGCAGAAAAUUCACGAAAUCAAGCAAGAAUUACCGAAAACAGAGCGCUCAUUUGAAAACCAGCUUGCUGUUUAUGAGGAGAAAGCCCACGAGAACUGGGUCAAGGCCCGCCACACUGAGCUCCGGAUUGCCACAGAGAAGUGAGAGGCUGCCAGCCUGCGGCACAGGCUUGUGGAGAUUACCAAGAAGCGGGCCAUGCAUCAGGAGCCUGUUAUCAUCAAGCCCAUGCCGGAUCGGCCAGGAGCACAGACCGCGCCCCGCAAUGGUCCCCUGAGCCAGAAUGGCUCCUUUGGCCCAUGCCCUGUGAACUGCGGUGAGUUCUACCCACUCCCAGGCGCAGAGCCCCAUGCAAGGCAGCCCUCUGCAAGCCUGAACUUCACAGGCUGUGACAUCCCAAGAGCCGACUCAGAUCCUGGCCCAGGCUCUGUGGCCAACAGUGACUCCCGCGGCUCCUCCCUGGCAAAGGGCAUGGACGACGGCAAGGUGAGCAUGGCCUCGAAGGGGCCCCCAGCCUAUCCAGGGCUCCCGUUCCUGGGAGGCCCCAUGCUGCGCCCCGUGGACUAUGGGCCUCCGCCGACACCAACACUCUGCGGGCCCUUCAGGCCUCGGCCGAUGCCUCUGCAGCCACUGCUGACAUUCGUCCCACGCAUGGGCCCACCACUGGGCUUAAGAGAGCAUGCACCCAGCAUCCUGCCUGGACGCUGCGACCUGCUGCUGCACCCCCGCGAGUUCUUGCCGGCACCUGUGCCAUUCAGGCCUCCAGGCCCGCUCGGCCCCCGAGAGUACUUCAUUCCUGCUCCUCGAAUGCCACCACAGCCCACCGGGCCCCAGGACUACCCACCACCGCCUGGAGCCCCUGCUCUGGGAGCCCAGAGAGGCCCUAGCCUCACCGCAAAGCAGCCAGGAACCUGCCCAAGCUCUGAGGCAGAGCGCAUAAUGGCCCCACUAAUCAGAGGGCCAAGGUUUAUAUUGGUUUUUGAAGGUUUUCCAUACUCAUCACUAAGAAAAGGUAUGCAGGUUUGAAGUUUCACAAUCACUUGUCAGAUAAACAGCGUUUAUUCCUGCAGUAUCUCAUUUGUACCGGACACAGUUAUUUUCAGAUGACAAGACUUAAGACACUGUAAACCCAUCUAAAAAGGUGUGUUUAUUUUGAGAUGCUUCCAAUGUUAACUCUGAAAUCAUUAGAAAAAAUAACAAUGUGAUGUAAAACAGGUGAUCAACACAAUUAAAAGAUGUCACUUUCAGAAAAAUAA